AUGGAGCAGACACCAGAAGACAUGGAUCCAAAUGAAGGACAAGAAGCAGAGGGCAGUAGUCUGGAUUGGCUCCUCAAAAAAGACAGCUCAGAGAUGACUCCUGUGCCUAUGGAUACCAACGUCUCAAUAACCAGGCAGUUUAGUGUCAGUGUUGACCACACUUGCAGUGAAACAUUCAAAAGGGACAAAGUAUUUAAAGCAACCUCCCAGGGAGACGCGACACAACUUCAUGGCCUGCUUGACUACCUGCGAUGUCAUGAUAAAAGACUUACAAGCCCAGAAUUCACAGAUGAAACUAAUGGGAAAACGGCACUACUGAAGGCUUUGUUGAACCUGAAGGGUGGAAAAAACAACACAAUUGAAGUUAUCCUUGACAUAGCAGAGAAAACUGGAGAUUUAGAAAAUUUGAUCAACGCAUCGUAUACAGAUCCUUACUACAAAGGUCAGACAGCCUUGCAUGUUGCCAUUGAGAGACGGAGCUUUGAGCAUGUGAAGCUGCUAGUCCAGAAAGGAGCUGAUGUGCAAGCCAAAGCCAAUGGAAAGUUUUUCCAGCGUCAUGCUGAAAUGGGCUUUUAUUUUGGGGAGCUCCCUCUGUCAUUGGCUGCCUGCACCAACCAGCCUGAUAUUGUGUCCUUUCUCAUGGAAAACCCUUACAGAAGAGCUGACGUGACUGACAGAGACUCACAAGGAAACACUGUUUUGCACACCUUGGUGGUCAUAGCAGACAACACGAAAGAAAACACAGAUAUGAUUGCAAAGGUGUAUGAUGAAAUACUUGUUCAACACAACAAGCUUGACAAAAAAGUCCAGUUUGAAGAGAUUGAAAAUAAUGAUGGCAUGACUCCUCUAAAACUGGCAGCCAAGCUCGGCAAGAUAGAGCUGUUUAGACACAUGCUACACCGGGAAUUCAUGGAUGAGGAAACAAGGCCACUGUCCAGGAAGUUUACAGAAUGGAUCUAUGGACCUGUUCACUCCUCGCUUUAUGACAUGACCUCCAUUGACACAGAUGAAAAAGAUACUGUGUUGGAGAUAAUAGUCUUUGGAAGUGAAAUUCCGAAUCGCCCUGAGAUGCUCCAGAUCGAACCUCUUCGCAGUUUGCUUCAGACUAAGUGGGAAAGGUUCGCUUCCAAAUUAUUCCUGAUGAAUUUCUUGCUUUAUGUGAUGUACCUGACCAUCUUCACUACUGUGACGUUCUACAGGAAGGAGGGACAGCCACCGUUUCCCAUUGAAAAUAUUCCACUCGACCACCUCCGAUGUGUUGGUGAGCUCAUUAGCAUCCUUGGAGCACUGAGGUUUCUCUAUAAGACGAUAACUCUUUUCUGGAGGAAUCCCCCUACCUUCAAUGCUUUAUUUGUUGAUGGAUUCACUGAUAUUCUGUUUUUCCUGCAGGCAGCACUUCUUCUAAUCUGUGUGGUUCUGUAUGGGUGUGGGCUGAAGGAAUAUGUUGGCCUCCUUGUGCUCUCAUUGGCUCUCGCCUGGGUGAACCUUCUUUACUACCUAAGAGGUUCCAAGCAAUUGGGGAUGUACAGUGUCAUGAUGCAAAGAAUGAUCCUGGGUGACCUGUUACAUUUUUUAUGCGUCUAUAGCGUCUUGCUUUUUGGAUUUUCUGCUGCCAUUGUUGCUCUCAUACACGACUCCCCUCUGGCUCACACAAAAAUGACAAAUGACACGGCAGCACAAAUGAGAAGCUUUUUUGAACCAUAUAAAUGUGUGAAGCCGAGUUACAAUGACAUUCGUUUUACAACACUGGAACUGUUCAAGUUCACUAUUGGAAUGGGAGAUCUGCAGUUCACAGACCAAGUUCAAUACAAAGAAAUUUUCCACAUCCUGCUCAUCUGUUACAUAAUUCUUACAUACAUCCUGCUCCUGAACAUGCUGAUAGCCCUGAUGGGCAACACUGUCGAAAGAAUCUCCACACAAAGUGAAAACAUCUGGAACUUGCAGAGGGCCUUCACAAUUUUGGAUAUGGAGAGGACUCUACCAAGGUGGCUGAGGAGCAAGCUGCAAUGCAGAAUGUCUAGGAUGGUGUGUUCCAGAAACAGCAUGGACAAGCAUAGAAGAUUUUUCAGGGUGGAAGAAAUGAACUGGAAACAAUGGAGGUCAGAUCUUGGUGUACACUGGGAAGAAGAGCCUGCUAAUGACAUGAUGGUACCACAGCCUCGUGAUAAGAUUCCUGGGAAUCCAUGGAACCUAAAUAUGCUCUUGGAGAGGAUUCGUUCCAGACGUCAACAACGACAACAAUCCAAUAUUCCCUAG